UCCGUUUUACCGCUGUAUGAUUUUCUUCAAGAUGGCGGGGCUGCAAUUGAAGCAGUACGGUGGCGCGUCGAGAAUAAAAUAAUUUAGCGAAGUAGUUAGGCGUCCGAACGGAGACAGCUGUGCCACAAUUGUCGCUUCCAGAAGGUUGCAGUGGAGGAUGAUCAGUGCCUAGAUCCCAUAUUAAGCUGAAUGCAUUGUGAUUUCCAAUAAUUGAGACAGUGAUUCUGAAAGCUGUCUACAUUAAUGAAAAGAACAAUGUAGUCAGCUUAGCAUAUUCACCUCUGGUACAUGAUCUAUACAGGGAUGUGCUUCUGCAUGCAUUUUGGUUUUAGAUGAGAAGUCUGUUCGUCAGGUUUUAAGUAAAUUAUCUGUCUGUAUUAGUUGUAGUUUUAUAAAACAGAGGAAAUGGAGAUAGAUGAUGUUCUACCCCCUCUCCCCUUGGAGCCACCAGAUGAUUUUGGCCAAGAUGAGGGCAGAGCACCUCCACCACCUCCCCUGCAAACGUCCAGUGACGCAGAGGUAAUGGACGUUAGCUCUGGUGGUGAUGGAUACACAUACACCCCAGGGGGCGGGGAAGACGAGCCACAGCAGUCCCUUGGCAAGGGCUCAAUAACAAUCUGUAGCCACCUUUCAAAUGAGGCCAAUCCCACCCCACUGUGCCCUAGAACUGCCCGCCACGCUCCCCAGGUCACCACGUUUCUUCCAGACCUCAAGCUCCUCAGAGAUGUUAAGAUCAGAGUAAGCUUCACUGAAAGCAGCAGUAGCAAAGACAGGAAGGUUUUAUAUACAGGUGAGGGGCAGGAAGGAGGAAGUGAUGAUGGUGUAGACAGCCUGAAUGGUGAGUUGCAUGACUUGAAUAGUGAACAGGAGGCAGCCGAGGGUAGCUCUGGGACAGGGAAUAUAACAGGUAGAAGGUUAGAGGAGAGUGAAGUAGAUCUAGAGAACAAGGUAGAGUUUGCUGUCUUGGAUGAGCUGGAUGACUUCUACGAGAACUUCCUGGAUCAUGAUGAUGCCGGCUUUAAGUCUGAAGUCAUAGUUCAGCAGGAGCAAGCAGAUGAAGUGACUUACUCCUAUGAGGAGGAGUUUGACAAUGACGUUGAUGCUCUGCUGGAGGAAGGCAUGCCAGUCCCAAAAAAGAUGCGUCCAGCAGAGGAUAAAUAUGGCGGGGACAGUGACCAUCAAUCAGAUGGUGAAGGCGGUGUUCAGCCCAUGAUGACCAAAAUUAAGACUGUCCUUAAGAGUCGGGGACGUCCACCCACCGAGCCUCUACCUGAUGGAUGGAUCAUGACAUUCCAUAACUCAGGCAUUCCAGUCUACCUGCACAGAGAGACCAGAGUGGUAACCUGGUCCAGACCCUACUUCCUUGGGACUGGGAGUAUCAGGAAACAUGACCCUCCCACCAGCAGCAUCCCCUGCCUACACUACAAGAAAAUGAAGGAACAGGAGGAAAAGGAGCUGAACGGGGAGGUGACCCCUGAUGCAGAGGAGUCUCCGCUUAAGUCUGGUGAAGAAGCCAAUGGAGAAGAAAGAGCAGGCACAUCAAAUGCUACAGGAGAGGAGCAAGAUAAUAUCCCUCCCUCCAGUCUGACAGACACUGAUCCAGAUGCAGAGGGUUCCACCGAUCACAGCCAGCAGGUGAAGGAGUCCCAGCCCUGUGACACUGCCCAAGGAGCGCUAGGACAGGUCAAGGCCAAGGUGGAGGUGUGCAAGGAUGAGUCUAUAGUGCUUGAAGACUUUCGUUUGUACCUGGAGAAAUGCUUUGACUUCGAGCAAGUGACCGUGAAGAAGUUUCGUACUUGGGCUGAGCGAAGGCAGUUUAACAGAGACAUGAAGAGGAAGCAGGCAGAGUCAGAGCGACCUAUCCUGCCCGCCAACCAGAAACUCAUAACACUGUCAGUCCAAGAUGCUCCUACCAAGAAAGAAUUCGUUAUCAACCCCAAUGGAAAGUCUGAAGUUUGCAUCUUACAUGAAUAUAUGCAACGUGUCCUAAAGGUUCGACCUGUUUACAACUUUUUUGAAUGUGAGAACCCAAGUGAACCCUUUGGCGCAUCUGUCAUUAUUGAUGGAGUAACUUAUGGUACCGGAACUGCAAGCAGUAAAAAACUUGCCAAGAAUAAAGCUGCUCGAGCCACACUGGAAAUCCUCAUCCCUGACUUUGUGAAGCAGACUUCAGAGGAGAAGCCAGUUGAAGGGGAUGAACUGGAGUAUUUUAAUCAUAUCAGUAUAGAAGACUCAAGGGUUUAUGAGCUGACCAACAAAGCAGGACUACUUUCGCCAUAUCAGAUUCUUCAUGAGUGCCUUAAAAGAAACCACGGAAUGGGAGACACCAGCAUUAAAUUUGAGGUGAUCCCUGGGAAAAACCAGAAGAGCGAAUAUGUGAUGACAUGUGGGAAGCAUACUGUGCGUGGAUGGUGUAAAAACAAAAGGGUUGGGAAACAAUUAGCAUCUCAGAAGAUCUUGCAGAUGCUUCAUCCUCACGUCAAAAACUGGGGUUCACUGCUGCGCAUGUACGGCAGAGAGAGCAAUAAGAUGGUAAAAAAGGAGAGUUCUGACAAGAGUGUGAUCGAGCUUCAGCAGUACGCCAAAAAGAACAAGCCAAACCUUCAUAUCUUGAACAAACUGCAAGAAGAAAUGAGAAAACUGGCCAAACAGAGGGAGGAAACCAGGAAGAAACCCAAGAUGACCAUAAUGGAGUCUGCCCAGCCCGGGAGCGAGCCCCUCUGCACUGUUGACGUUUAAGUCGAGGAAUCACUGCUGAACCACCACACUGAAACCCAGUCACUGUCGGACAUCACACACGCCACCAUCUGCCACUUAAAUUAUGCAUCACUCAGAUUGAAUGGCAAUACAGCAACUGACAAAUGAUAAAGCCGGUAGAACUGCUUGCUUCCUUUGCCCACAUUUACUGGUUUUGUUGGUAGCUGUAAGGGUAGAUCUAAAUGCACUAACAGAACGUAGAGCAAAUAUCAUCUACCUCUCUAGAUGCAUACUCGCUAGGAACAUCCAGGGUUCGGAGAAAAUUAAAAUAACUCAAUGACAUAUGAACCACAUCAAAAUUAAAUGCGUAGUGCAUGCUUCUUAAACAGCAAACUACCACUACACACCUUAGUUUUGUUUUGAAGUGUUGUUUUCUCCACUCGCAGGCAUUAGCGUACCAGCACCUAUACUUUUGUUUGUGCUUAAAGUAUUUGAAAGGGACUACUAUAAUACAUGUAUGUAUUUAUACCAUUCAUUAAAUUGGGAAACAAAGUUAUUUGUUUAUUGGAUAAUUUAAUAUUUGGUGUGAUGGAUAGUUUGGAAAAUGAAUACAAUUAUGCCAUUUUGUUUUUCGUCAAAAUGGGCAGUUACUGUCUUGGUUUGCACGAUAAAACCUUGCGUUGUGAAGUGAUCACUUUUAAGAAUAAUUGUUAUGCACUCGUGUUCUGGCAAGGUAUUUUUAUUGACUUUUAUCAUGCUGUUGGUACUGAAGUAAGUGCUUUUGGGAUAUUUGGGGGAUACAUUUUGUAUUUAGAGGGAAUUCUUGCCUAUUUUUUGGGCAAUUUAAGGCACAGAGGCAGAAAAAAAAAAGAAAAAAACGUCCUGCUACACACGCCGAUACUGCAGCAAAUUCAGGCACAGGGUCAGAGUACUGUAAGACGUUAAAAGUAAAGGAUCAUUUGUUUUAUGCGCUUUGUUCUUGCUAGCUUUUUUUUUUUUUUUUUAAUAGUACUAAUGCCAUGCACAUUGACUAACCACAGUUCUGUUGCUUUUCAUUUCGGUGCCCUUACAAAGUCACAAUGGCUACAUGUUGCCUUAGUUAAUCCAUUUCAUGAAGGGCUCAGAGAAGAUGCAGUACAUUGGACCUAAAACACCCUUCAAAAGGAAGUGGAAAGACCAACCCCCACACUUUUACUUGAGAAAGCAUUUAAUCGUUUAGCCAGUAUUUUUUAAAUGAAGACAGCCUAUAAGACAUCAUACUCUAUGGAAAAUGCCUACAGCAUGUGCAGAUUUUUAAGAGUCGUCUCAAUGGAUUGUGUAUUUUGUUUGUAUACGUUUGCCGUCAUUGUGACAGUUGAUCAUGCGUCCGGGACAGAACACUUCCACCAGAAGUAGAUUAUUUUUGAAAAACAGCCUCGCAAAAUUUAGGUUGGUCCACUCACACGAACAAAACAUGAACAAUUUAACCCAACACAAGCUGAUGAAACUGUGUAUACCAAAGCUUACUUACAGUCUUAUGCAUUUUAUAGAAUACUUACUGUUGCUGCAAACUGUACGUCAAACCCACCUUGAGGACGGGAAAGUAUUUAGACGCAUUACUAGCUGGAACAAACACAGAAACAGCUGUGCAUUCUGUCAGAUGUUUGGCCUGUGCUUUUUCUACAACACAAACAUGAACACGUCACAAUUCAGACACAAGGCUGUAAUGAUAUUUUAGAUCGCUUUUAAGAAUGUGCUUUCCCUAGCGUGCGUGUGUUGUCUUGCCAAGUGCGUGUCAGUGUGAGAAGAUUCAAAAAGAAAAACCCUGCUUUUACAUGUGUUGCCGUUGAGUUGUAUUAAAGAAUUGUUUGAGAUGUUGCUGCCUAGAAAAUGAAGUAUGUAUUGCAACCUGAGCUCCAUGACUUCAGUGAUGUUUAUGCAAAAUAAAAUGUCUUGACUAAUGA